GGAAUUUCCGGUGACGUCACUAUCCCCGUUUCAUUGGGCUGCUGCUAGAGAGAAACAAACAGAAAACAACAGGAGAGUGACGGAGACAGAGGGGGGGUAGUUACUAAAGCAUACCAGUACUAACCCACCAAGCUCUGCUGACAGGUUCCCAGGACAACUCCAACAUUUAAAACCCUUACUUGCUUCCUCCUCCAACCCCCUCGCCCCGCCGGCCUUUAACCACGGCCGCUCUCGGCGAGGAAACUCUGGCCUCCGCUUCCUCCUCCUCCGACUCGGACACCGGUGGAGCGUCCCCGCCCCCGCGGAAGAAGCACCGAGCCUCGGCGGCGGAGGGAGCAGGAGAGUCCGGGGUUUCAGCAGGCCUUUCUGUUUUGGGACUUGGUUCUGCGGCUAUUCACGUCCAUAGAAGUAAUAACAGUCUUCUCUGUAACAGUACAAUGCAGGCUAACGGGGCAGGUCAGGGACAAAAUCAGGAACUCCCGUGUCUUUCUGCUCAAAACGGGGAUACGGCGGAUAUGACCCAUGCUAAUGGUCUUCUGUCAAGUGUUAAUAACAAUAGUAACAAUGUUAUGAAUAACGGGGUGCCUGGGACAGCAUCCUCUUCCUCUGAACUAGGUGUCGCGAUCAAAAAGAAAAAAAGACUGUCUCCUUCUGAGGAAGAUGUGAUCAGACUGAUAGGGCAGCAUUUGAACGGACUGGGGCUAAACCAAACUGUCGAUCUCCUGAUGCAAGAAUCUGGUUGUCGUUUAGAACACCCGGCUGCUACUAAGUUCAGAAACCACGUCAUGGAAGGAGAGUGGGAUAAGGCAGAAAAUGACCUGAAUGAGCUGAAAUCACUAGUGCAUUCUCCUCAUGCUAUUGUGAGGAUGAAAUUUUUACUACUGCAGCAGAAGUACUUGGAGUACCUAGAGGAUGGCAAGGUUUUGGAAGCACUACAGGUUCUACGCUGCGAACUGACACCACUGAAAUACAAUACGGACCGUAUCCAUAUUUUAAGUGGGUAUUUAAUGUGUAGUCAUGCAGAUGACCUGCGUGUGAAGGCAGAGUGGGAAGGGAAAGGAAAUGCUUCCAGAUCAAAACUUCUCGACAAAUUGCAGACAUAUUUACCACCAUCUGUGAUGCUUCCCCCACGCCGUUUACAGACACUGCUACGCCAGGCAGUGGAGCUACAGCGAGACCGUUGCCUGUAUCACAAUACCAAACUUGAUAAUCACCUAGACUCAGUGUCCCUGCUUAUUGAUCACGUAUGCAGUAGAUGUCAAUUCUUUCCCUGUUUUAGGAAACAGUUCCCCUGCUUUACUCAGCAGAUUCUUACGGAGCACUGUAAUGAAGUGUGGUUUAGUAAAUUUUCCAAUGAUGGAACUAAACUAGCAACGGGAUCCAAAGACACAACUGUGAUUAUAUGGCAAAUUGAUCAAGACACACAUCAGUUGAAAGUGUGGAAAACGUUAGAAGGUCAUGCUUAUGGUGUGUCAUACCUGGCCUGGAGUCCAGAUGAUACUUAUCUCAUAGCAUGUGGCCCUGAUGACUGCUCUGAACUCUGGCUUUGGAAUGUUCAGACAGGGGAGCUGCGGACAAAGAUGAGCCAAUCCCAUGAAGACAGUUUAACAAGUGUUGCAUGGAAUCCAGAUGGAAAGAGAUUUGUAACAGGCGGCCAGCGUGGGCAGUUCUAUCAGUGCGAUUUAGAUGGUAACCUGCUGGAUUCCUGGGAAGGAGUGAGAGUGCAGUGCCUUUGGUGCUUAGCUGAUGGGAAGACUGUACUUGCGUCAGACACACACCAGCGAAUACGAGGAUACAACUUUGAAGACCUUACUGAUAGAAACAUAGUUCAAGAGGAUCAUCCCAUAAUGUCUUUUACCAUCUCUAGGAAUGGGAGGUUAGCUUUGUUAAAUGUAGCAACUCAGGGAGUUCAUUUGUGGGACUUGCAAGAUCGUGUUUUAGUAAGAAAGUAUCAAGGAGUUACACAAGGGUUUUAUACAAUACACUCGUGUUUUGGAGGCCAUAAUGAAGACUUCAUUGCUAGUGGCAGUGAAGAUCACAAAGUAUAUAUCUGGCACAAACGUAGUGAGCUACCUAUUGCAGAACUGACUGGGCACACACGUACAGUAAACUGCGUGAGCUGGAAUCCACAGAUCCCCUCUAUGAUGGCCAGCGCGUCUGAUGAUGGCACUGUUAGAAUAUGGGGACCAGCACCUUAUGUAGACAACCAGGAGUUUGAAGGUAGUUACAACUACCUUUCUUUUUGGAGCAAAGUCAUCUUCACAGCAGGUGCCACUGAAAGGACUGAAAAUACGUUGGAGUCUGAUCUGACAGAAAUUUCUGGCCUUAAUAAUACACCAUCAACAAGGGAAAGGCUACAAAGGGCUUUGCUGGCCCUUGGCAAAUUACAGAUCAGGAAGCAGCUUUAAAUUUUGAUGGUUUGACACAGGCUUGCAAGUUGAAACAGAGGGAUGCAGUAGCAUGGAUAGUUGAUGACAUUUGGAAGAUGACUUCUUUAACUUAAAAAUUAGUCGUUAUUUUUAAUGACUUGGGUUAUGGUGCAAGUAAACACGACUGAUUUCUGGAUGGACAUGCUCGCCAUGCGAAAACAUUUCUGAAGCCCAGUCUGGGGGCCAAACAUACACCAUCUUGCUUCAUAGUAACCAGCAGAGAUGAAGCACAUCGUUAGAAUGCCGUUGGAUGCCAUGUUGAAUUAUUUCCCCCAUCAGUUGUGAAGAACUGUGCUACAUUGAGGCUAUCCAUUGAACUUGGUAUAGUUUUCCUUCUGCCAUUUUGUUUGGCAGCCUACCAUCUUUGUUGCUCUUCAGUGUAUUGGAGUUCAAAUGCUUGUCUGGAAAAUUUUAUUUAACAGUUUAGAAGGCUUGAUAGCAAAGAAGAGUGCUUUAGUCUGGAGAAUAUACACUUUAUAGGAAAGUAUUUCCCUCCUUUUUAUCUAAAUAUUAUAGCCUUAUUUAGUGUGACAUCUCUGCAGCUUGGUUCAUGGAUUUUAGCCUUGGCCUUUAUGCAGUAUAAUGUACACAGAUCUGGGUAGUAAAACCAGUGAAUCACAUCCGAAAAGCACUCGUACAGUCAGAUCAGAAUGUUUUUGUUUGUUUUAUAUAUGUGUUUCUCCCAGAACUCCCCAGAGAACCCCGUAAAGGGCUAAUGGCACAAUCCUUUUUAAGUAAGUUAUUUAUAGGAUUAAAUAUUUGCACACAUUUUAAAUUGUGACUUGCGUAAAGCAGUCAUUUUGGCUUGAUUUGGUACAACCAGCCAUUUGACACCAUAAUGUGGGUGGGAAAGGAAUGGCUGAAGCAUCUGUUGCUGACAUGUAGUUUGAUGUUUCUGUUUUUGUUUUUAUUUUUAUAAACAACAUCCACAUCACUCAUUCUGAUGGAAAAAUGUAUUUUUUUUAAAAAAAAAACUUACUCAGCAGACGUAUUCAUACUUGAAUAUUGGUGAUGCUUGAUGUGAUUUUUGUUUUAAAUACAUUUUCGAUGUGCAAGAACUGGGCCCCAUCAGUCUGCUUGCCUGUGGCACUUACAAAACUUAGCAGGUUCAGGGACAGUUGGACUGAGGGGUAAUCGUUAUUAGUUUUCAAACUGUCUUGCUGCUCUGUAUAAGUACACUGAGAAGACAGUGUGAUGUACUUGGUAAAACUGGCUUAGACAUACCAAAAUAAUGCCCACAAACAUUGCAUUUCAUUGGAAAUUAAUCUCCCAUGUUUACCAUUUUUGUAUUAGCUAAUAAAGACAGCAGCUUUUCAAAAAUAUUACUGUGUGCAAUUUUCAAGAGUCAUUUUGACGGAAACAUUCCAAAAUCUGUCAUCCCAUGUUAAGUUUGAAUACAAAGUGUAGUGUAUCUUAACGGAUUCCUGUUUAAUUUAUGAAGAAGUGGAAAACAAAACAUGCGUAAAGUGUUAACAGAAGCCUGCCAAAACAUAAUUUCCCAAGGCCAAGGCGUAAAUGGUUUCUUGAACUAGGAACAUACGUGGUACUGUGUGGAUAAAAAUUGCAAAUAAAAAACGAGUAUCAAACUUU